CAGAGGGAAGAGGCGGACUGCACGCUGCACUGGUAUCGCAAUAUGCAAACAUCGAUUUGACAAAAUGGUUGCAAUGUCAUGACUAAAAUCGGACAUAGCAAAACCGGGGGGAAAAAAAACUAUAAAAACUGAGUGCCGUGCGAUAUCGUGGAAGCAGGGAACAAUUUAUAAUUCCAACGCAGCAAGUGAAAUCAGACUGUUGGAGCCGUGCUGGAUCACACAGUAGUGCAAAGCGGGACGGCAAAAAAAAGUUUGCGAUUCUUUUGCAGUGCCAGUUCUGUGGGAGUUCGUUGGUGACUAUACUUCACCUGUACUUUUAACAACAGGGCACAACCCAAACUGUACUUUGCAUUGCGCUGGAAGUAAGUAUUUGUGCAAUUAACGAUAAAGUGAACCACUCGAUCAAAAAACAAGCGCUCGUUGUAACUGGAGGUCUGUUCCAAUCACUAUCUUUAGUGUCUCCUCCCCCCCCCCUGUUGGAUGCCCAGUUCCCGAUCCGCGACUCUCGUAUUCCCGGGAAUAAUUUGUUUCUGUGCUCUUGUGCGGGCCAGCAGAGGAAACGACACACUUGUUGGAGAAGGCAAAUCGCGUUGUCCGCUUCAAAAAAUCCUGAACUGAAACUAAUCAGCAGAAAGCGACUCUUGCCUUGGCGAGAACCUUGCUGGACAUCCACACGGCGUUUCAUCCGGUCGUCAGGAACAGCUUGGAUUCCGGGAUCGAUUGGACAAAACAAUAAUACGUUUGUCGUAUCGCGUCUGCAGGAAUUGCAAGUGGGGGAAAUCACAGUGCAAUUGGAAAAUUAGAAGCUACCUAUCACUGAGUUCAGUGUAUCUUAAAAAAAGUCGGGGGAAACCAGGCACGAGUAUAAUACGAUUGCUGUGCAAAAAUAUAUUGUCACGGAUGCGAGAGAAAUUAAGGCGGAGUUAAUACAUGGGAUUCCACUGUAUUUUUUUCCAACCUGAAAUGAAAAGGUUUAGUCCAUAAUUUGUUCUAUCGCCAUGCUUGGAAAAAAGUAAUGCACACAACUCCCAGCGGCUGCAAUAAAACUGUGCACGUAGUCUCUCAUAUCUUUUCGUGAGCAACGAAAAACUAAUUCAAGUAAUUUGCAAGUGAUGAAGAAAAAUGAAACAACUAACGGGAUACUGAGCACCUCCUCAUUUUUUAUUCUUGUUGUAAAUGCACUGUGGAAGUCAACAGUCAAGACUUGUGUUUUAAGCAGCCCCCCUGAGCGAAAAUAAAAAUCCAGACUGUAGGAAAUAAUUUUGCACACUCCCCCCCUCCUCCUCCAAGUGCAGCCAGCCGCUGUCACUCCCACCUACACGGAGAAUGGAGACCCAGAGCCUUUAUGGGAAUUACAGCGCGCAGCCCGGACUCGAAGCAGCGGGCAUGCAGCGCCAGGGGGCGGCGUUCCAGAGCGUCUUCCACGCGGCGUGCGCGCGCGAGCACAGCCUGAUGCGCGCCAGCGAGCCGCCGGCGGGGGCGAGCGCGCCCGACCCCCCCGCGGGAGGCGAGCGCUUCGGCCCCUUCUACGAAGCCGCGUGCCGCCAGGGCGCCGCCAUCUUGGGCCAGCCGCGGGACGAGGUGGCGGUUGGCUGCGGCGGUUACGGCCACGCGCCGUUCGUCGUGCGGACUCUGUUCAGCAGCUCGGGCGUCUCGUGCCCCGAGCGGGAGAAGGGCAGGGAGUGCCGCUGCGACGGCCAUGACUUCGAAGACCGCGAGCUGGUCAGGGACCUCUCCCCGGAGACGGAGUUCAGCGGCAGUUGCUCUUACUCCCUGACCAACGACACUGCCCGGGAGCUUUGCAAAGCCGUCUCGGUGUCCAUGGGCCUCAACAUCGACAACAAUGAGCUGGGCGAACUGCAUUCUUCCUUUGGCCCCAAGAGAGACUGCAUGUUCUCCUUCUCUUCCAAUAACAGUAACAGAGCAGUCAGCAUCGAUACUGCAGCGACAGCGCCCAGUGACGACCCAUGCCCUGGCUCUCAAAAUAUGAGGCUAGCCAACAGACUGGAAACUGGGGACGAGCUUAGUCGAGGGGAACAUAGGGAGUCAGAAAGCAGUGCAUAUUCCACAGAGUACGACAUAUCUCAUUCAAGGAGGGAGUCUAUUUGUAGAGGGUUAGUUGAAGACUCCACUGCAAAUGAAUGUAUCACCAGGGCUCAAGAAGCUAAGUGCAUUGGUGAAGAAAGUCAGGCAGCUGAUUAUGCUGAUAAGGAUCAUAAGCAGUGCCACAUUAACAGAGCGUUUCCAACUAACUGUGAACAUGACCAAUCUUCGUCUGAAGAAAACACCCUGUAUAACCUGUCAAAUAGAGUUGGCUUGAGAGAUGCUGAUAACUGUGACCUUAAUAAUGACAACCCAUGCGAUGGCCAGUUUGGUGUAGCAACAAACAUUAAAAUUAAAAUAGAAGAACACAGCAGCAUAGACAACCACAGAGCAUUUUCUCCUCAGUGCAGAUAUAUGGAUUGCACAAUGACGCCACUUUAUGGGUCCACACCAUCUUGGCGUUACAUUGAAAAGGGGAGCUUUGAGAAUGACUUUGGUGGUUCUCCUGAAUAUCCAAGUAAUGAUUUAGCAGUUCGGGAUAACAUUAUUACAUCUGAUUCAUGGUACUCAAGUGGACUGCUAGAUAGAGGGCCACAUCUAGCUUCAGGCCAUGUUAAAAAUGAAAUGGAGAGUUGGAUCGAUGGAUACUACAACAUACGAUUGGAUAAUACAAGGAAUCUUGGUCUCCAGAUGGACUACUUUUUUCAACCUCAGAAAACCUGUCUCAUUUGUGGAGAUGAAGCAUCAGGCUGUCAUUAUGGAGCACUCACCUGUGGCAGUUGCAAGGUGUUCUUCAAGAGAGCAGCUGAAGGAAAACACAAGUUUCUGUGUGCUAGCAGAAAUGAUUGCACGAUUGAUAAAGUACGGAGAAAAAACUGUCCGUCAUGUCGUUUGAGAAAGUGUUUUGCUGCUGGAAUGACACUUGGAGGUCGAAAAUUAAAGAAUGCACGACCAUUCCAAACUUCAGAGGAUACCGACUCUUCAGUUGUGCAAAAGCAACAGAAUACCACUGUCUCCAUUGUCCCAAGGAUUGGUGUACCAAGGAUGCAGAAAUUUCAGUGUCAACCCCUGUUUCUUGCUGUGUUGCAGUCCAUCGAGCCUGAUAUGGUGUAUGCAGGCUAUGAUAAUACACAGCCUGAUACAUCCACCAGUUUGCUAACAAGUCUCAAUGAACUAGGGGAAAGACAACUUGUGCGAGUUGUCAAAUGGGCAAAGGUUUUACCAGGUUUUCGCAAUUUACAUGUGGAUGACCAAAUGAGUCUCAUACAGUAUUCGUGGAUGGCAGUUAUGGUCUUCGCAAUGGGAUGGAGGUCUUAUAGAAUUGUGAAUUCCAGAAUGCUCUACUUUGCACCAGACUUGGUAUUUAAUGAGCAACGGAUGCAAAAAUCAACUAUGUAUAAUCUCUGUGUGGAAAUGCAACGACUGUCCCAGGAGUUUCAGUGGCUUCAUAUUUCUCAGGAUGAGUUCCUUUGCAUGAAAGUGUUGCUACUCUUUAGCAUUAUUCCAGUUGAAGGUCUGAAAAAUCAGAAAUACUUUGAUGAGCUGCGAUUGAACUACAUUCAGGAACUAGACAGAGUGAUUUCCUUUCAAGGAAAAGAUACCACAAACAAUCCACAACGUUUUUAUCAACUAACGAAGCUCUUGGACUCAUUGCAGAUAACAGUGAGGAAACUCCAUCAGUUUACAUUCGAUCUAUUUGUUCAGUCUCAGACUCUGAGCGUCCACUUCCCUGAAAUGAUGGCAGAGAUAAUCUCUGCCCAGGUACCAAAGAUCCUCGCUGGUAUGGCCAAACCGAUUCUUUUUCAUGAACAGUGAUGUUCAUUGCUUACAUAUGUUAUACUGCCUGUAACUGUACUACCUAGAGUUUAUCUUGUUUUCAAAUUCAUCAGUUCAGUCAAAUGCUAUAUGUGUUCUGAUAAAGAAAUGAAAGAAGUUGUACAAAAUCUACCUUUAUUUCCAGUGGUCAGUUGACCACCUAGUUACAGAGUUGGUCAUGUUAUACAACCAAUCUGAGGUAGGCAAGUUGUAAUCUUAUUGACUCGUUACUAUGUUGGACCACACAAAUUACUGGUUGAUACCUUGGUUACAUUUAGUAAGAAUCAGCUGCAUUCACCUCUUUAUUGGUCUUUCGGAGUAGUUCCAUUUACUGAUUUUUACUUAAAGCUACCUACAUUAUUUUUAUUAUUUUGAAACUACCUGUUUUCAUUUUAUAUCCUUAAAACAUAUCAGAUAUCAAUUUUGCCUGAUG